UUGGCUCUGCGUGCCCUAGGUCUUUCCCAGUCUUUCCGGUUACAGCUCUCGGGGUGAUCAGUCGUUCAAGUGGCCGCAUCAUCGGGUUGAUCAUGACGUCCAAAGUGUCGCGUGAUACUCUGUACGAGUGUGUAAACGCUGUUAUACAGAAUUCGCAAGAAAAGAAGAGGCAGUUCCUGGAAACAGUCGAAAUUCAAAUUGGUCUCAAGAAUUAUGACCCCCAAAAGGACAAGCGUUUCUCUGGCACCGUAAAACUGAAAAACAUCCCGCGUCCAAAGAUGCAAGUUUGCGUUUUGGGAGAUCAACAGCAUUGCGAUGAAGCUAAAGCACAAAAUGUUCCUUUCAUGGAUGCCGAGGCUCUAAAAAAGUUAAACAAGAACAAGAAACUUGUUAAGAAACUAGCCAAGAAAUAUGACGCUUUUUUGGCCAGUGAGUCGCUGAUCAAACAGAUCCCUCGUCUAUUGGGUCCAGGUUUGAAUAAAGCUGGGAAGUUCCCUGGUCUUCUCUCCCACCAAGAGUCAAUGACUGCCAAGAUCGAUGAAGUUAAAGCUACGAUCAAGUUCCAGAUGAAAAAGGUCUUGUGCCUAUCCGUCGCCGUAGGACACGUUGGCAUGACCCCUGACGAGCUCGUGCAAAACGUCCAUCUUUCGGUGAACUUUCUGGUGUCUCUUCUGAAGAAACAUUGGCAAAACGUGCGUUCCCUUCACAUCAAGUCCUCUAUGGGCCCCCCUCAGAGAUUAUACUAAUUUCAUAUGUUAGUAUUAUUGCGUCUGAGUUUGACAAGAUGAAAAUAAAUAAAAAAAAUAUUUGGAAAA